AGGGCUGUGCUCCAAGUCUCUCCAGCUCGCUCCGAUCUUCCUCGGCUUAGCCAAUCUCACGGACCACCCCCUAAACCUCAACAAACCUGCCUCCGGGCCUCGGGGUCCAGGGGCCUCGCACCCGCUAAGCCUCCUCUGGGAAGCCCCCCGGUGGAGUUCCUGACUGGCCAGAGUGGAUACUAAAUGGGCUGUUGGAGCACCCAGCCCGGGGGGGAGGUGACCUUGAGCGGCCGGAUGACCCGCUGCCCUUUGGCCCUGGACUCCUUUUAAAUAAGAGGAAAUUGUGAAAGCAGAGCUGCUCCCCAUUCUAGUGUGUGCUGUGGUCUCUGAAUGCAGCGUCACUAGGAAUACAAGCCACAGGCUUCUUUCGCCUUCCCCACUUUGUGUUACAGUAAGUGUUCCAUCAAUGCUCACUGGAGAGUGACCCUGCAGAACAGCCCUGCAAGGGGACCUCACCUGCCCUCCAAUCACUCCCCCUCCCCCAAAUGUCUCUACUCCUGCCUCCACAUGUCUCCACAGCUGCCAUUUACUGGACACCUACUGUGUGCCAGGUUGUGGGAUCUGGUGCUGUUUACGGUAAGACCGUGGUUCCUACUUCACACAAAAUAAACAGGCUGAGAAAGAGGGACCCAAGAGCUCAUACGUCUGUCUGGCACCCAACGGCGUGUUUCUAAGAACCUUGUCUCAGAGCCCCAUCAACAAGACCUGCCUCUGGACUCUCAAGCCUCCCCUCCUGUAGUUUUUGUCCCCAAACCGGGUCCUUCAACCGGAUACCCUCACUCACCUCCCACAGGAAGCCUCCCCUAAUUCUCUCAGUCCCUCUCGGAACUCCUGUAAUUUCUAUCACUUCGUGCAAAUUACUAUCCUGUUACGCCAGCGGCCCAGCCACCCACCCACAUAUGCCCCAGGGUCCCAGCAGAAGCAGCAGCGAUAAUAAGAAGCACCCAGAAGGGGCAUCAAAUUUCUACCUCCCUGACCCAGGACCGUAGACCUCGAGGACCCGCACGGAAAGCCCAGACCCCAGAUGCAGGCUUGCUCCCCUUCCCGGGCGCAGUUCCAAGCGCAGCCACCAGAUGGCGCCCGGCUCGCUCUAGCGGGGCUUGCAGUAAAGCUGUGCGGCCGCCAGAUGGCGUUCGAGACCGCAGUUCUGCGGGCAGUACCGGGACAAGGCGGAGACUAGAAGGCAGGCGGGUCCCAGUGCGGGCGCAGAAGCCCAAGCCAAGUGACCUGGACGUCGCUCCCUCCUGGCCGCACCAUGAUCCAGCCCGCACCCCGGCUGUCUGUGCCCGCCGCGUUGGUCCUGGGCUCCGCCGCGCUGGGCGCCGCCUUCGCCACCGGCCUCUUCCUGGGGAGACGGUGCCAUUCGGAGCGAUCCCGGCGAGAGAAGCGCCUGCUGCCCCCUGAAGACAGCCCCCUCUGGCAGUAUCUGCUGAGCCGCUCCAUGCGGGAGCAUCCGGUGCUGCGGAGCCUACGGCUGCUGACCCUGGAGCAGCCGCAGGGAGAUUCCAUGAUGACCUGUGAGCAGGCCCAGCUUCUGGCCAACCUGGCACGACUCAUCAAGGCGAAGAAGGCGCUGGACCUGGGCACUUUCACAGGCUACUCAGCCCUAGCGUUGGCCUUGGCGCUGCCCCCGGCCGGGCGCGUAAUAACCUGCGAGGUGAACCCAGAGCCUCCGGAGCUGGGGCGGCCCCUGUGGAGGCAGGCUGAGGAGGAACACAAGAUCGACCUUCGGUUGAAGCCCGCCCUGGAGACCCUGGACGAGCUCCUGGCCGCGGGCGAAGCUGGCACCUUCGACGUGGCCGUGGUGGACGCGGACAAGGAGAACUGUGCCGCCUACUAUGAGCGGUGCCUGCAGCUGCUGCGCCCUGGAGGAGUCCUCGCCGUACUCAGUGUCCUGUGGCGCGGAGAGGUGUUACAGCCUCAACCGCGGGACACCGAGGCCCAGUGCGUGCGGAACCUGAACGAGCGCAUCCUGCGGGACGCCAGGGUCCACAUCAGCCUUCUGCCUCUGGGCGACGGCCUCACCUUAGCCUUCAAGAUCUAG